ACCCCCAUUGUAAAAAUUAUUUCCUUAUCUAAUUUUGGAAAACAUUUAGUUCAGAAAUGUAGUUGCAAACUGUUUUCCACAAAUUCUUCGUAUUUUAGCUCUAUUGUGGACAAUGACCUUCCAAUUAAACAUGGGCCUUUAGAUGAAGCUGUUGAGAGUAUCGCAAAAAUGAGUAAGGAAACAACAAAUAGUGAAAAUCGCUUCAUUUGUGAUGUAUGUAAAAAUACCUUUAAACAUAAAAGAUCUUUGAACGCUCACAAACGCAGACAUAGCGACGAAAAACCAUUCAAAUGUGAAUCUUGUGGAAAUCAGUUUUUUAGAAAAUUUGAACUGAACUCUCACAAAAUGGUCCACAGUGAAGAAAGACCGUACAAAUGCAGGAAAUGUGGAGAAAUGUUUAAACGUCAGGGAGAUUUAUCUCAACAUAUGCGUUCCCAUAGUGGUGAAAGUGAAUGCAACAAAGGAUUUUUAACUAAACAACAUAUGGAAAGACACAUGCUUGUACAUACUGAUGAAAGACCUUAA